GUGCCAUUGUGUUUGUUUGAGUGGGGAAAGGGGACAGUUUAAGAUGUUCUGUUCUUGCAGGUGCAACAAUCUGUAAGAGAGAGAGAGGCACUUCUGAACCGGACGCCCAAAGCAGGAUCUACCACUGACUCACUGCAUACUUAACAACAUAGCCCUUGCAAUAAUUUGUGAACGGCCACAGAUUUCUGUGUCAACAGUCUGGUUGGACACACAAAGAUCUGCAUCAUGUCAACUGUGAACAGACAGCAAGUGCUUCGGACCACCAAGGUGCGGACUUUGAUGAAGGGAGACGGCAGUUGGAUUCGUGCAGUCACAGAACCAAACCAGCAAAAACCAGAGAUUCCCAAGAAACCCAUUGAGUUGUCUUCUACUGAAUUCAGCCCUGUCACCUCUCCCACUGCACUGACCUUGCCCUCUCCCACAAAGAGAACAAAUGACCAAGCAGUGGGUGUUGACCCCCCAACCCCUGAAGCCAGUUCAGGGACCAGGACUAUCAGACCCCUUGAAGCCAGGCAGAAUUCGUAUGUCCUUUCAGCUACAAAGAAAUUUGAGUCCAUAGCAGCUCCAGUAAGUCCCCCAUUCAGAAGAGUUCCCUCAACUAAAAGUGAGAGUGUCACCACAGCAAGCGGGGCCGUGCCCGCCUCAACAGAGGCCCAGGUUGUCGGGGAGCAAUCUGCUCCAGAGGUAUUAGUCGAGUCUGGGAGUGAGAAGACUACUAACAUACAUGGCCAAGAUGCCCAAUCAACCGAAGCACCAGCUGUGAAUUCAGAGGGAGAAUCGCCCAAGGAAGCCGCGGAUGAGACGCCUGAUAAUGAAGCAGGGAUCGCUGGCGCGCCAGAGAAGUGUCCUGAUGAUCCAGCGUCUGCUGAACCUGUGAAGGAGGUCGCUACGGAAAGCUCUCCUGAGACGACCCCAGAACCGACUGCGGAACCCACAGUGGAACCCACGGCAGAGCCUGCCGUGGAACCAGCAAGCGAUGUGAAAGAGGAACCUGUUGCAGAGUCUGCUGCGGUGGCAGAACCUGUAAGCGAACCAGUAUCUGCAGGAUUCACCGACAAACUUCCCAUCGAAUUUGACACAAACAACGACAAAGACCCUACACCUGCAUUGACGUCACACGUUGAAGGGGAAGACGAAGCUACACAGGAAUCUGCGGAAAUAUGUACACAUGCAGAAAAACCUGUUAUGGAGACCUCAGAAAAAUCCUUAAAUGAAGAGCCUGUGUCUGAGCCUCUUGCUCCCAGUGUUGAGCUUGCAAUGGAGUCAACCGCUGAAAGUACUGCCGACUCCGCUGCUGUAUGUUCUGUUGAGCCUGAUAAGGAGCCGGCAGCUGAACCUGCAGUGCAGCUUGAACAGAAAUUGACCUUGGAGGCUCAGCCUGCAGUUGAACUUACAUCUGAACCUGAAGUGAAAUCUGAAGUUCAGCCUGUAGUUGAACUAGCAGUUGAACCUGCUUCUGAACCAGCAGCUGAACCGACAGAUGAACCUGCUUCUGAACCAGCAGUUGAACCUGCUUCUGAACCAGCAGUUGAACCUGCAUCUGAACCAGCAGCUGAACCAGCAGUUGAACCUGCAACUGAACCAGCAGUUGAACCUGCAGCUGAACCAGCAGUUGAACCUGCUGCUGAACCUGCUUCUGAACCAGCAGUUGAACCUGCUGCUGAACCUGCUUCUGAACCAGCAGUUGAACCAGCAGCUGAAACUGCUUCUGAACCGGCAGCUGAACCUGCAGCUGAACCAGCAGUUGAACCUGCAGCUGAACCUGUUUCUGAACCAGCAACUGAACCAGCAGCUGAACAAGCAGCUGAACCAGCAGCUGAACCAGCAGUUGAACCUGCAGCUGAACCUGUUGUGGCAGCAAAAGAAGAACCUGUUGAAGUCGAAGAGUCAGUUAUUGAACCCGCCAUCACGUCUUCUGUUCAAGCACCUGUUGAGGUUGUACAGGAGCCAUCUGUUGGGUCUGCCAUGGAACUGGAUGAGGCUUUAGAUGAGGGAGUAUCUUCCACUGAAGUGGUUGCCACUGAUGUUAUUGCUGAAGCGUCUGUGGAAAGUGUGGGACCUACAGUGGAAUCCAAUGAAUGCUCCAAUGAAUCAGAAUCUGGUCAAGAGAGUGAAAAAAACAGCUCUGAAGAAACUCAGGCAACUGAACCAGUAGUGGAUCUAGUUACAGUCCACUCUCUGCGCCAUGAUGUGGAUGGCACGCCCAUCUGUUCAUACUGUGAUACCCCAAUUGAUGGUACUAUCAAGAUUACGAUCGAUUUCCCCCCCAUGUACAGCCAUCCAGGCUGUUUCAAGUGUGGAGUAUGCAGUUUGGCCUUGGGAGACAUGAAGACUGGCAUGUUUUUGCAUGGACAGGUGAUCCACUGUCAUGUCUGCUUCUCCAAAACGAUUUAAAGAGGAGUUCAAGAUCAAUCGUUGUAAGGCUGUAAUUUGUCCCUGUUCUAAAUGCUUUUAGAACCAUAUGUUAAGUUUCUUUUUUUUUUUUUUUCUUCUCCACAAUAGCUGGCUUCAAUAUAGUCCCCCUAGCAACCGAGCUUUCUUCUCUUCUAUUCCCAAUGUGACAAUGUUAUGAGAAUCAAAUAAAGUACAUUACUGUAA